AUGAAAAAUUCGGCCGCGCGCAACCUUUACGUGGGCGAAGAAGGCCGACAGCCGUCGGGACGUCCAACUUUUGCGGCCGAAGAUGGGGCCGGCCGCAAGACCGCCGAGAACUUCUGCGCCAUAUGCAUCAGCGAGAAAGGCGUCGGCAAAUCUGGCAAGCCCUUCCACCACAAAUUGUCAUCCUUCCACUGUGUAAUCCCUGAUUUCAUUUGCCAAAGCGGCGACUUCACUGCGAGUAACGGCACUGGCGGCGAGUCGACCUGUGACGCCAAGUUCGGCGACAAAAAUAUCGUGAGAAGCACACCGGGACCUGUCGAUGGCGAAUGUCGGGCCGGGGACAAACGACACGUAAUUAUUAUCUGCACGACAAGGACGAAGUGGCUUGAUGACAAGCAUGUGGUGUUCGGGCAGGUGGUGGAGGAUUACGACGUAUUGAAGAUGGUGGAGAAUGUCGGGUCGGGGAGCCGCCGGACCUCGAGACCGGUGGUAAUCGCUGACUGGACCAACUCCAGAUUUGAUGGUUGUAUGUCGUUUAAUUUGAUGUUUGUUGGAUAUUGUUUCAUAACUACCUAA